AUGGCUAAUUCCACAGAUUCUGCGGAUUGGUACCAAAAUCAAGUGGUCUUUCUGACCGGUGCAACAGGAAGCCUUGGAGGGUGUUUGUUAUACAAACUUGCAGUCCAGCUACCAACAGUGAAAAUCUUUGUUCUCUGUCGUGGCUCGGUACGCAAGGCCAUGGAGAAAUGGGAAGCCUCUAUGCCAGAGCAGAUCGAUGAUAUCUUCGACACAGGCAAAGUCCAAUGCCUUAUCGGCGAUAUUACCCAGCCUAUUUUUGGGCUAGAAAAAAGGGAAAUCGAAGCUUUACAACAAGAGGUCACUGUGGUGAUCCAUGCAGCUGCCAGCUUGUCUUUAUUCCAAGACCUUCUGGGCACCAUUCAAAUAAACUGUUUACCAGUUAUUUCGUUGGCGCGCAUGUUACUCUCCUUUCAGAAUAUCAAGGCCCUCCUUCAUGUAUCAAGCAUUUCCGCACUGAGUUUCCUGUCUCAAGAUUCGCUGUUCGAAAGGCUAGAAAAUGUCUCUUCAGAUGAAGAAAGCCCUGAGAAACAAUUAGCGGAUAUUUUGGCCACAGGCCAAUCACCAUACACCGAGCUUUUUAUGUCACCAUACGCACAGGCUAAAUACCUGGCAGAAAAGCUUGUUCUUAAUCUACAAACGCCGUUCCGGGUCCUGAUCAUUAGACCAUCAAGUAUUGGUCCAGCAAUCCAGAUUCCAUAUCCGCUUUAUGGGCCAGAUGGCGCAAUUCCCAUUCACACGUUUGCCCAUCUCUUAAUUGAGGGGGGGAAGUACCGGAAUUUUCAAGACGUGAUGCGAGUACCCCAGAAUAUGAUUAUGGAUGAAAUCCCAGUCGAUGUCGUUUCCAAUGCAUGUCUUCUUCAUCUUUCCGUCGGCUCCACAGGAAUCGUGCAUGCCGGCUCACAGCUUUAUGCCACACUUACUGUGGGUGGAUACAUCAGCCAACUCCAGCGACAUUUAUCAAAAGACUUGAGCGACAAAGUCAACAGGUUACAAUUGGCGAAAAACAUGGACUUCGUCGACCAAGCAGAUGAACUGCUUGGCCGCAUUUCUCGGGAAUGGAAGAUUGAUUGUGAGCGUUCUAAGGCGCUGGAGGCUACGAAUGGACCAAUUGAUCUACCCCUUGCCGGUCGCGACUUUGACGACUUUGUGGACAGAAGGAUCCAACAGCAAAUUCGACGUUUCGAUGCAUGGGCGGACACUCUCAUGCCAGCUCAAGGCUGA